AUGAGAUCGAUUAACAAUUUGAUCUUCAUCCUUAUUUACAACCGGAUUGACGCUGCUGAAAUAUGCAAAGCGGGAGAGGUCAGAAUUGGUGAAAGCUGUUUUGAGUGUCCCGCUGGAUUCAGAUGUUCCGACGAGAAGCUUCUUUCGUGUGACCUUGGCGAGUAUCAAGACAAAGAAGGGCAAGAGUUCUGCAAGCAAUGUCCGGAAACCGCAAUUGACGAAAGGGUUGAUCUGGAAGAACCGAGUGUCGCUUGUAAUGAAUGUCCUCCUGGAUACGUAAACAUAAAAAAUGAGUGCAAACCGCCAGAUGAUAGUGAAAAGCAUUCUCGUGUCAGACGGGAAGUUACCAAUUGUAAAUCAGGAUUUUAUCUUGUGACAAGUGCGGUCAGUGGCGAAAAUGAGUGUGUUCCUUGUCCAGAAGGAAAAUAUUGCACUGGUGGGAAUAAUGCUCAGAGUAAAAACUGCGCAAAAAUUGGCGAUCAUACAUAUUCUGGACAUGGCAUGUCUACAUGUCCCUCUUGUACGAAUAUUGUCUCUUUAUAUGGAAAAAUAUGCAAAUCCGACAAAAAUAACAAGUUGAGCGAAAUAAGAGAAUGCCCAGCGGGUACAAAGGCAGAUGCAAAUGGAAGUAAUACUACAAACUGCUCUGCAAAGAACUAUUGUCCUGGAAACUGCAAAGAAAUUUCUUGCCCAAAAGGAACCUACUCGAAGGCUUCAGCGAGUGAGUGUUCUAUUUGCAGAGCUGGUAAAUAUUGCUCGAAUGGAUCCGAACGAGAUUGUGGUACUGAUGAAGUUAGCGCUGACGGUCAAUCAUCCUGUAUUCCAUGCCCACCCGGAUACGCUUGCCCGAAUGAAAAACUCCAAGACGCAGUGCGAUGCUUGCCAGGCAAUUUUAUUCAAGGAACAUCUUGUACUCCGUGUCCUGCUGGAAGUUAUUGUCCCUCACCUACCGCUGGAAGAAAGAACUGUCCCGAAGGAACUUUUUCACAGGCCGGGGCUACUUCGUGUUCACCUGCUUUACCUGGAUUUGAAGCUAAGAACGCCAACACAGAAAGUCCAACAAAAUGCUCAGCUGGCCAAUAUUCAGUUGAUGGGAAAGAGUGCAUAGAUUGUCCGAAAAAUAACUACUGCCCCGCUGUGAAUAGACCACCAAUUCCUUGUCUUCCAGGAUUUCACACAGCAAAUACAAAGUCAACAUCAUGUGAUCCAUGCCCAGCGGGAAGUUUUUGUGAAUCAGGCCAAGACCCAGUACCUUGUGAGGAUGGAUUUUAUUCUCAUAAGGGUGCUUUUACUUGCACAGUCUGUAAACCUGGCUAUCUGUGCACUACAACUUCGCAUGACUCUCCUAUGUCCGAUCCUUGUCCUGCCGGAAGUUACUGCCCUAUCAUUGAUGAGGGCGAUGGCGCAAAACCGACAAGAAAAACAUGUCCGGAAGGAACAUUUCAACCAGAGACCGGAAAAUCAUCAUUUCAUGACUGUCAGCCAUGUCCUCCAGGGUACGUCUGUACGACGAAUGCACUACCAACAGUGAAAUGCCCAGCUGGAUUUUAUUGUCCUGGCGUAACCAUUUCUCAAUCUCUUAUUGACGAGCUUGAUGACAGUUCAACAAAUCUACAAUACAAUAACAAUCCAAAUACACUUUCUAUUAAUGGCAUGCAGUAUCCCUGUCCUCCAGGAACAUAUAACCCUGACGAGGGAAUCACUCAUGUGUCACAGUGUAAAAUCUGCGACGCUGGAAAGUAUUGCAUUGAAGGAUUUCCAGCAACGGGUGGCAAUGUUACUCCAUGCCCUGCUGGCUACCACAGUUCUAGUGGUGGACUUGCGAACCCGCAACAGUGCGAUGUCUGUAGUAGAGGAAAGUAUUGUGAGAGUGGAAAGGGUGAAACAAAUUGUCCUGCUGGAACAUAUCGAGCAGAAGAAGGUGCUGAAUCAAAAAGUGACUGCAUUCCAUUGCAACCAGGAACCUUCAGCUCUUCUACCGGAAAAAUCGAUGACACUGGUACUAUAUGUCCAAAAGGGAGUUUUUGUCCUCCAGGAUCAACCGAAGCAAUCCCUUGCCCAGUUGGAACGUAUGGUAAUGCAACUGGACUACAUUAUCAGCAUAACUGCAAACCUUGUGAACCUGGAAAAUACUGCCCCUCGACUGGUCUAACUGACGCAGACCAAAUACAGUGUUCUCGAGGUUAUUACUGUCCGCUCGGCACAAUAUAUGAAAAACAAUUUCCAUGUGAAGCUGGAACUUACUCUGAUGUCGGAACUGAGUGUCAAAGAAAAGCACCUGAUGCUUUUGACUGGGUUAAUGUUAUCUCUUGCAAUUUGGAAUGCCAGAUUUGUGAUGCUGGAUCAUAUUGUCCCGCCGCGACAGAAUCAACACAAGUUACAAGCCUGAAGUGUCCAUCUGGUCAUUACUGUCCUGAAGGAACAAUGAGCAAAUUCCAGUUUCCUUGUCAAAAUGGAACGUAUAAUGAAUUUGAGGGAAAAUACAGUCCUAACGAUUGCAUAAAAUGCACAGAGGGACAUUGGUGCGGAGAAGGAACAACUAAUCCAACACCCUGUCCUGAUGGAAGAUACUACAAAAAUGAUACUAGUCUUAUUGGAGCGAGAAAUGUUGACGAGUGUGAUUUAUGUCCAGGUGGUAAAUACUGCACAACAACAGGUUCGUCCGAUUGCGAUCCAGGAACAUACUCACGACCUGGUCAAACUUCAUGCAAACCAUGUGUUGCAGGCUCAUAUUGCCCAACUGGAACAUCAGAAAAGGCAAUGUUGAAUGACUUAAUUUGUCCGGCUGGAAAAUUCUGCCCAGAAGGUUCGGAAAAUGCACUUUUGGAUUGUGAAGAGGGCUUUUAUUGCCCGAAAGGAACCGAUCAACAAUUAAAGUGUUUUCCCGGAACAUACAAUACUCAAAGAGGGAAAGCAGAAGCUAGUGACUGCGUUCAAUGUGAUGCAGGCUAUUACUGUACUGAAGGUAUGGCUACUUCGCCGAUAAGUAACGCCUCGAUGCUUUGUGAUGAGGGUUAUUAUUGCCCAAAAGAUAUCGUUCUGAAUGCAUUUCUCACAAAAUACGACCUUGAAAGUGGUGAUGUUCAGCAAGCUCUCAACCGCAAAGUAGGAUCAUGGGGGCCCAAGCAAUUCCCUUGCCCAGGCGGAACUUAUCGAGAUACUAAAGGCGCAAAAGAUGACAAAGAAUGUACAGAUUGUUCGGCGACAAAAUACUGCCCAGAAGGAAGUCCAAAAGAACUUGAUUGUCCUGACGGCUACGUUUGUGGUGCUAAAACUGAAGUUCCUAUUCCCUGUCCAAAAGGAACCUACCAUGAUACAACAGCUACUCCGUCCCUCUCUUCUAUCGACGAGUGCACUGAUUGUACUGAAGGAAUGUACUGCGACGGAGAAGGUUUGACAGCACCUCGUGAUAAAUGCGAUCCUGGGUAUAUUUGUUUCACUGGUUCUCCGAUUUCGAAUCCGCUAGACAUCUACGGUAGUGAAUGUUCCGCGGGCGGGUACUGUGAGCAAGGAUCGUCCCAAUUAACACCUUGUCCCGAUGGUACAUUCUCGAAUGCAAGUAGAGCGACAACGGACAAGGAGUGCGUCGACUGCCGACCAGGUCUGUUUUGCGACCCUGGAGGGAGUGCUAUUAUUGAACCUACUGGAGGAUGCCUUCCUGGAUAUUAUUGUACUGAAAAAUCUAAUACAUCCACUCAAAAUAGUUGUGGCCCAGGUACAUUUUGUGAGGAAUUGUCUUCAGUCGAGUCCAGCUGCACUUUCGGAACAUACAACCCUUCUUUCAAUAAUGAUUCAUGUGUUGCUUGUGAUGAAGGAAGUCUCUGUAAAUCAACUUCACUUUCUUCACCUGGUCCCGCAUGUCCAGAAGGAAGCUUUUGUCCUAGUCCCUUCAAAUUUAUCAAUCCUAACGAUCAUACAGAUAUUAUUCUAAUGAAUACAUCGUCAUCAUAUCCAAAACUACUUCCUGAAAUUGGAUCUUACACUCCAGUUCUUUGUCCACCAGGAACAUAUGGGGUGAGUGGUGACAAAAAAGAUGAAACAACUUGUGUACGUUGUCCUGAAGGCAAAGCUUGCUUUCAUUUUGGAAUGACAUUUAGUGAUAUUGAAGAUUGCGAAGCCGGAUUUAUGUGCGGAGAGGGGAAUAUUUAUAGAACUCCUUCGGAAGGCGAUGGCGAUUCAAUGUCGAGCGGGCCUUGUGAGCCUGGUCAUUAUUGUCCUGCUGGAACCACAAUAUCAGGGUCUACUGCACCCAAGAAAUGUCAACCAGGAACAUUCAAUCCUAACAAAUUCGGUAAGGCUCUUGAUGACUGCUUACCUUGUCUCGCUGGUAUGGCAUGCACAGCUGAGGGCCUUGAAUGGCCCGAUGCAGAAUGCGAGGCAGGAUACUAUUGCACUGCUGGUGCUUCAAGCGCACAGCAAAAUAAGUGCACUCUCGGACACUAUUGUCCUCCUGGUUCGAAUAAAGAAAAAGAAUGUCCAGUCGGAUAUUAUCAAAAAGAAUUAGGUCAAUCAACUUGUACGCCCUGUCCUGCUGGUAAACUGUGUCCGACAGAGGGAAUGGACGAUCCCCAGCCUUGUAUCGCUGGAAGCUACUGUUUAGGGACACAUUGUGAGCCAGGUUCCACGUGUGAUCUUGGCAAGUUGAAACCAGGUACGCGACAGCUUAUUCGAUGCGGUUGCGAAGACAAUGGCAAAGUUUGUGGAAACACAAACGUCGCGUGUUAUGAAGAACGAGUCCCCACUUAUUGCCCGAUUGGAUAUUAUGGAGUGGGAGACAUUCUCAAAAGUGAAGGUGAAUGUACUCUCUGCGAUGCUGGAAAAUAUUGUGACGAGCCAGGAAUGACUUCAACACAACAAAAAUCGAUAGGAAAGGGGCAUUUUUCUACAGGGGGUGCACGAGUGAAAUAUCCGGUUGAGACAAUUUAUCCAAACGGAACUUUUGAUUAUCCCGAUUGCUUAGGAUCAAAUACAUGUGGCUUAUGUGAGAAAGGAUAUUUCUGCAACCAAGAAGGACUUACCACCGCCACUCCUUCUGCCAAUAAGUGCCCGAAAUUUACUUUCUCCAAUCAACCUGGAUACGGCGAAGACAAUUGUAUAAUAUGUCCUGUCGGUUACGAUUGCAACACAGAGGGAAUAUCAGAACUAACGGACGAUCUGCUUUGUGAAGAACAUUUUACUUGUACUGGCGGCGGCGCCUCAAAAAAUGACUGUGAAGCAGGUAAAUAUUGCCCGAGAGGAUCAAGUGAAGGACUCCCUUGUACUCCAGGCUAUUUUUGCGAAGGAACAUCGACAGGCCGUCAAAUCUGCCCUGCUGGAACAUUUUGCGAAGGAGGAAAUGACGCUCCUGAGCAAUGUCCACCAGGUUACAACUGCCCUGUAGCUGGAACUUACCAACCUCUUCCAUGCCAGCCAGGAUAUUAUCAAGAUCAACAAGGUCAAAUUCAGUGCGAGCUAUGCAGUGCAACAAAGUACUGCCCGGAUACGGCGAUGAGUCAAUCAUCGGAUGAUCUUCCUCUCUGCGAUCCUGGAUACAUUUGUACUGGAGGGGCGAAAUCACCAAAACAGGAGCCUUGUGAAGAAGGAACUUAUAAAGAUAGCUCAAUGGAUAGUUGUGAAUCCUGUCCAGAUGGAAAAUAUUGUCCGAACAAAGGAAUGAGCGAUCUCACAGAGUUUGAUUGCCUGGAUGGAUUCGUUUGCAAUGGCAUUGUUAACAACGAGUCCCCAAGAGGUGAUAAGCAAUGUACCCCAGGCCAUUAUUGCGAAAAGGGUUUCGAAUACGAAUGCCCAAGUGGCACUUUCAGGUUGACUUCGGGAUCAAGCUCCAUAGAUUAUUGUGUCGAAUGUACUCCUGGUUUUAUUUGCCCGAACGCUACUGUUUCUCCUACAAUCAAAUGUCCACCUGGAUUUUUCUGUCCAUUAGGUACAGGUGAAAAUGAAGAGCAGCCGUGUACUCCUGGUCAUUUUUGUCCUGAAGCAUCUGAUCGAGAAAUUUUGUGUCCAAAAGGAACGCUUUGCAGUUUUGAUGAGAUGGCUGAGCCUGAUGCAUGCACUCCGGGAGACUUGUGUGAUCAGUUAGGACAAACGACAAGAAAAGAUUGCCCCGAAGGAUACAAGUGUCCAGUGCCAGUAUGUGCUUCAACCGACGCAUUUGAUCUUGAAAAAUUUCAUCAAUACACAACUCUAUAUGCAUGCGACGAUGACAUUGUUCCCGAGUUUAAGAUUCCUUGUGGCAAAGGUUACUACAAUGACCAGCUGAACCAGGAAGAUUGUAAGCUCUGUCCAGAAGGAAAAUAUUGUCCUUAUAUCAAUACAAUCACGCCUGAGGAUUGCGUCGCUGGGUUUGACUGCGUUGGUGGCUGCAAAAUGUCAACUCCUCGAACAGAGUCUAUCGAUUGUGUUAAUCCACCGAAUGCAACAUCAACUGCUACUUUCAAGUACCUUUGCCCUAAAGGAUAUUAUUGUGAGCCCGGUCAACCAAAGAAACCUUGUCUUGCCGGCACGUACAACCCAAUGGAAGGCGCUGUUAAUUCGGACUGGUGCCUUACAUGUCCCACUGGUUCGACCUGUGAUGAAGCUACAGGAGAAGUACCAACCGAUGGAACUGUCACGUGUGAAGAUGGAAAGUACUGCACAGAUGGCAAAAUUGAAGAUUGUCCAAAGGGCUUUUACUGUGACUACUCUACUAAUCCCGGCAGAUCCGAGCCAUAUCCAUGCCCAGAAGGAACGUUCAAUGAUAAAACAGGACUAUCGAAAGUUGAAGAAUGCUCGGAGUGUACUGCAGGAUACUAUUGUGAUAGACAAGCAAUGACUCAAGCACCGGAAACACUCUCCUCGCCACCAAAAUGUCAAGCUGGCUUCUAUUGCCCAAUCGGAAGUAAAAGCCGACAAGACACAAUUUGUCCAGUGGGAUCAUUCUGUCAAGAAGAAGUUGGAGCCCCUUCUCCUUGUCCACCGCGAGAAUACACAUCAAGCAAAGGCCAAGAAGCUUGCAAAGGAUGCCCAGAAAGAUUCAUAUGCCCCGGUGGAACAGCUCCUAUCCCAUGCCCAGCUGGAGAGUACUGUGGAGCUGGAGUUUCAUCUGGUGCAAAAUGCCCCGCUGGCACUUGGUCAAACGUCGAGAAGCUCGCCAAAGAGAGCGAAUGCAUGGCUUGUCCGCCUGGUAAAAUAUGCAAAACUGAAGGAAUCGACGACGAGAACAAGCUUGAAAAUUGUCCGGCUGGCUAUUGGUGUCAGCAUUCAGUUCAAGUUGAUCCUGCUGGGUCGAACUCAAAUUGCAAUAAUGGCAAGUUUGGUAAGUGUGCUGCUGGUUUUAUGUGUCCUGAAGGAUCAUCACGCCCCAUUCCUUGCAGCGCUGGAACUUAUCAAGAGAAUGAAGGCCAAGAAAGCUGUGAGCCAUGUCCUGCUGGUGAGUUCUGCUUCGAAGGCGCUGCUGUACUCGAAACAAAUACAAAUUACACACAAGUCAAACGCGGGAAGUGCCCCGUUGGCUAUUACUGCCCUUCUGGAACAAAAUCUCCAUACGACUAUCCUUGUCGAAAAGGUACCUAUGCUGACCUUUCUUCUCCCCGCGAAGACGACAGCGCCUGUAAAAUUUGUGAUGCAGGAAGUUUCUGUGGCAAAGAAGGACUCGAACUGCCAUCUGGCUUAUGUACACCUGGGUUUUACUGUCCAGAAGGAUCAACAGAAGCAACGGCCAAAAAGUGCGGAAGUGGAAACUACUGCCCUGAAGGAUCUAAAGAACCAUUACCCUGUCCAGCAGGAAAAUAUUGUCCUGGAGUUACUAUGUCGGACAUUCCGGAUAACAAUGUAAAUGAUCCGAUUUGGGACUGCUGGCCAGGAUACUAUUGUUUGGCAGGAUCAAAAACACCAAAUCCUUCCACUGGAAAAUGCAAAAAAGGCUUUUAUUGUCCCGCUGGUAAUGACGCUCCGAAACCAUGUGAUGCUGGCACUUACCUGGAUUUUGACCUUGCAUUCAGCUCAGCGCACUGUAAACCUUGCAAACCAGGUUAUUUGUGUAGCGAAGCUGGUCUUUCGCAGCCAUAUGAUGAGUGUAGCGAAGGCUUUUAUUGUGUCGACAAUAUAGAGAUAGAGUGUGAGGCUGGAUAUUAUUGUCCGAAGAAUUCCGGAUUCCCGCGAUUGUGCGAGUCUGGAACAUAUUCAGCCCGUGCCGCAAGUUCUUGCAAAGCAUGUGAUGCUGGCAAGUACUGUGAUCCGUUUGAAACAGGAGUAGUUGUGCCUGUGAGUUCGCCAAAAGAAUGUCCUCCAGGAUACUAUUGCCCGUCUGGAACAAAGUUCAUGUAUGAGUAUCCAUGCCCAGCUGGAAAAAUUCGCAAAACAGAAGGUGCCGCUAGCGAAAAUGACUGUGAUCCGUGCCCAGCAGGAUCUUACUGCAAAGACCGAGGUCUUUCUGCGCCAACAGGAGACUGCUAUAAAGGUUACGAGUGUCCUCAAGGUCAAAUUCGUCCCAAUCCUUCCGACCAUAAAUGUCCGGCCGGUCAUUAUUGUGGCAGAGAAGGUUGUGGAGAUGGUAUUGGAACGCCAUGCCCUGUUCCAUGCCCAGCUAAUACUUACAAUGAUAUGCCUGGCGCAACCAUGCUUGAAAGUUGUCAACCUUGCACAAAAGCAUGUAGUGGAACUGGUAAUAUUCAAGACGGUGAUGCGUGUGCAGCAGGACAAGAUUGUGAGUUUGAUCCUCCAGUUCCCUGUCCAAAGGGCUAUUACUGUCCUGAAAACGAAACUUACAAAGUUGAAUGCCCACCUGGAACAUUUAGAAACGAGGUAGGUGGCAAAGAGUUGAGCGACUGCACGAACUGCACAGCAGGGACUUACUGCCCAGACAGUGCUAUGGAAAAUGUUCUUACCGAGUUCUGUGAUGAUGGGUAUGACUGUCAAACUGGUGCUGAAGUACCAAAACCAUCGACUAUGGUCUGUCCGAUUGGUGUUUAUUGCGAAGGUAUCGGAAAAGCUGCUCUUUGUACAAAUGGCGAGACAACAGUAUUCACGGGCGCUGAUAAGUGCCAUACUUGCCCGAAAGGCUACGAUUGUGUUUCCGGCAGUGAGCCUGUUAUUUGUCCAAUUGGUUUUUACUGCGAAACUGGAACUCCUGCAGAAUGUCCAUCUGGCACGGUUGGCAAAAUUGUUGGGCUUACUAAUCAGUCUGAAUGCUCUCCAUGUCCAUCAGGCAAAGUUUGCCCAGGAGGUUCGAUUGAAAAUGAGUGUCCUGCUGGAAAGUAUUGUCGAGAAAACGCAUCCGAACCAGCAACAAAUAUUGAAGAAUGUCCUGCUGGAUAUGAGUGUCCCCUUGGGACGGGCGAACCUAAGCCCUGCUCUGCUGGAUUUUUCUCAGAAGGAAGCGCAACAUCUUGUACAAUUUGCCCCGAAAAAUUUUACUGCGAAGGACCAAAGGAUAAGCAACCGUGCCCACUGGGCUAUGUUUGCCCAGAAGGUACAGAAUUUGGAAGACAAUUUGCGUGCCCGAAAGGAUCUUAUUCUGAUGAGAUUAUUUCUGAUAUUGCGGAUUGUAUUGCAUGCGACGAAUUCCAUUAUUGCGAGUUCCCGGGCCAAGAUAAACCAACAGGUAGAUGCGAUGAUGGAUACCGCUGCGAAUCCGGUGAGUCUUCUCCAACACCAGAAGACAAAUUAUGCUUGCCUGGUCAUUAUUGCGAAGCAGGCGAACAAUUACGUUGCAAAGCUGGAUUCUUCUGUCCCCGAGAAGGCAUGACUCCAGCAGAUCUUGUCGUUCCCGCUGAUGACAAUGCGGUUACUCCGAAUUUCCAAUGCAAUGAAGGAUAUUACUGUGAUGAAGGCACUCGCGUUGGUAAUCCAGGCUUGAUCAGUAGUGACGAGCGAUGCGCAUCUGGUGAGGACUGUGGUGGUCCUUGUGAGCCUGGCCAUUACUGUCCAAGAGGAACGGAAAAAGCGACUAUGCAAAAAUGCAAAAAAGGAACUUACUACUCCAAAGUGGGAGCAAGAAAUGAGCAAGAUUGUAUCCCCUGUUUGGCUGGCUACACAUGUGAUACUGAUGGACUUGCUGAUCCAACGCUGUCUUCUCAAUGUGAGCCGGGCUUCUAUUGCCCUGGUGGCAAUCGCGAUUUCUCAACGAUACAAGUUCCAUGCAAAGAAGGCCACAAAUGCCCUGGCGAUGGAAAUAUUGCUCCAAUUGCCUGCGAAGCUGGAUAUUAUCAAAUGGACCAGGAACAAGAUUCAUGUGAUCAAUGUGACCCCGGCUAUUACUGUCCAGUUAAGAGUGUCUCACCUCAAGAAGAGGAGUGUCCUGAUGGAUUCUAUUGUCCGGCAGGUACUCAACACGGUGAGAUGAAUCCAUGUCCUAUCGGAACUAUCGGCGCUGGUACCAAGUUAGAAACAAUAACAGACUGCGCCCCUUGUCCAGCAGGUAAAGCUUGUCCCUUUCAAGGAUAUCCUUCCACGAAUAGCGACUCGUUACCAUUAUGUGCACCUGGUAUUGUUUGCCCUCUCGGUGGCAAUGCAACUCACAUUCUCGAUGGCGAAAAAUGCGAAGUCGGUCAUUAUUGUGAAGCCGGUACAGAAUCACAUUCGAAUGGUACUGGUUCGAAACUUCCAAUCGAAUGUCCGACUGGUACUUAUAAUGACGUCGAGGGUGCUCAGCUCGAGAGACACUGCAAAUUCUGCAAAGCUGGCUCGUACUGUGAUAGCCCCGGAGCAACGCAAGCUUCGAAAUUAUGCAAACCUGGAUUCUACUGUCCCAUGGGAAGUACUCAGAUAGACCAGAUUCCCUGUCCGGAAGGACAUUAUUGCGAAGGUGAUGGAAAUGCAUUCCCAGAACCGUGUCCGACUCGAACUUUCCAGACGAAAAAAGAAUCAGUGAAAUGUGACGAUUGUACAGAAGGCUUUUACUGUAACGAUAAAGGUCUAAUUAAUGUCGAAGGCGUAUGUAAAGCAGGUUAUUAUUGUCCGACGGGUUCUAAAUAUCCAACUGAAAAGAAGUGUCCUGCUGGAGCCCAUUGUCCUGCUGGAUCGAGCAACUAUACUUUGUGCGAUCCUGGAUCAUAUGCUCCUGUCGAAGGAAUGGAUGCAUGUAUCGGUUGCCCUCCUGGAUUUAUUUGCGACCCGAAAGACGUUGUUCUAAAUUUUACCGACUGGAGACAUGCAAUUACUCACACGACGUGUAUUCUUGGCCAUUAUUGCCAAGCAAACACAACGAAUGAAGCCGACGCUAUUCGUUGCCCAGACGGAACAUACUCAGAGCCAUCAUUCCUUCAGCCACCAGAUUUAGCGAGCUCUUAUGAAAAGCAAGUAGGUCUCAAAUCUAUUGAUGAGUGCACUCCUUGUCCAGCAGGAUUCUGGUGCGAUGGCGUAAUCAAAACCGAGUGCAACUCAAUUGGCGAUUACUGCCAGUUUGGCGCCAGGACAAAUCAACCAACAGGACUGAAUAAUACCUGUGGUCCAGACGGAGGACCUCCAGAGAUCGGUGGGCCUUGUACUGUUGGUAAUAGUUGCGAAUCAAAUAAAACUCCUUACUCGUGCGAACCUGGAUUCUACCAAGACGAAGAGAGGCAAGAAAAAUGCAAAGCCUGCCCAGAUGGAAAUUACUGUCCUGCUGAAUCAAUAAAUCCGAUUCCAUGUGAAAGCGGUUAUAGCUGUGAGAAUGACAAAAGAUACCCUUAUUUGGAUCCGUGUCCCGCUGGUACAUUCGAUGAUGAGAUCAAUCAGCAGUGCCAGAUUUGCCCAGAAGGAAAAUAUUGUGAUCAACGGGGUUUGAAUCAAACACAAAUUGAUUCGAUGGAUUGUUUGGUAGGCUUUUUCUGUGGAGGAGAAAGUGAAGAUCGUAAUCCGUACGUAGAAGGAAGGACAAAAGACACGCCUUCCCGCAACGCACAGUGCGUUCCCGGUGAGUUCUGUCCUAAUAUUGGCCUCGGCUCGCCCGAAGCUUGUCCAGAAGGAGAAUACUGUGAAACUGACUUCCUUAAUGCGACUUCCGGAGAGUGUGCUCAAGGAUUCGCCUGCCCUAAUGAAGGAACUGAGUUUAUUGAUGGUGAUCAUGAUGUUGACUCAGUAGUCGGAAAUCCCUGCGGUCCUGGAGUAUUCUGCACAAACGGCACUGAUGAUGAUGGUUCGCCCUGUCCAGAAACAACAUACAAUAAUGGUUAUGGUCUCAGAGAAGAGAAAGAAUGCACUCCUUGCUUAGAAGGUUUUAUGUGCGAACCAGAAGGACUUGAUUACCCGACCACCCCAUGCGCAGACGGACAGUUUUGUGUCAAUGGAACUGUUAAUUCCUGUCCAGAAGGCUAUGCCUGUAAUUCCACGUCACCUUUCCCCCUUCCGUGCUAUGGCGCUUACUCUUCGGAAAAUUCAGAUCCCUCUCAAUGCGGCCCUUGUAACAGCGGAGAGACAUGUAUGAUAACGAGUUCAGAGCAUGGAAUCAAUCUUACUUGCGCGGAUUUCCCUACUUCCCUAGACGAGCCCGAUUUUGAGCCGUGCUUAUUGCAUGAUAUCUCAGAUUAUGAGGAUGAAGGUUUUGGAGUAAGCAAUGGACAACCUUGCCCAAAGGGCAGUUUCUGUGAAAGAGGAAAAAUUCCAACAUAUUGUCCACCAGGAACGUAUAAUGAUGUGACUGGAGGAUCAAGUCGUGGAGACUGCAAGCCAACAGAUGAGUAUCAUUUCAGUCAAACACCAGGUUCUGAAAUAUCGACUGGAGAUGGUGUUUGUGCUGACGGUUUCUAUUGUGUCGAAGGAUCGAGCGACAGAACGCCUCAAGACCCGAAAGAAGGCAACGGCGGUCCAUGCACUCCAGGAUUUUACUGUAAUAGUGGAAUCAGAACGGAGUGUCCUGCAGGUACAUACACGAACUCCGCAGGAGCAAUUCUUGAAUCCGAUUGCUAUCCAUGUGAUAUUGGACACUUCUGUAAAAAUGGUGCUAUCACUCCCUGUGAUGACGGUAAAAAAUGUUUCACUGGAAUAGAAUCGGACACAAGAGACUGUAUAGAGGGACGGUGUGAAGCGCCUGAUAAAGACUUCGGCCCUGUGAUAAAUGUACCCUGUAAUGCCGGUGAGUACUGGAAAGAUGACUCUUGUCAAAUAUGUCCUGCUGGAAGUUACUGCAACCUCGAUAGAUCAAGUGUUGCGACAACUGAACCCUGUCUUCCAGGCUCUGCUUGCCCAGAAGGAACCGCUUUUGAACAUACUGUCAACGCUUGUAAAAUUGGUCAAUACUCUCAAUCUGGCGAUGAAGGACUAGAGGUACUCGACUGCGUCCCCUGUGAUCCUGGUCAUGCUUGCACCGAACCUAAGCAACCAGAGCUCGGACCAGAGUGCCUUGCUGGAUUCUAUUGUAAUGAAGGGAGCAAAGAACUUGCUCCAUAUGAAUCGCAAUGUGAGACUGGUCACUAUUGCGCUGACGAAGGCAUGACUGCGUUUGACGAUCCUAUCAAAAAGCAAUGUCCACCUGGAACCUUCAAUAACAUCAAGGGUGCAAGCAGCUUGGACGAAUGUCUUCCAUGUCCACCAGGCUAUGUGUGCGAGAGUUCCGGAAUCGAUGAACUCUCAUUUGAUAUGCGAUGCCCUGAAGGAUUUUAUUGUCCUGAAUACGGUACACAGAGUGCGGCUGACGCUAUCAAAUGUCCCAUCGGCUAUUUCUGUCCCACUGGCUCAUCUACUCCACGACCGUGUGAACCAGGUACUUUUGGAACUGAAAGAGGUGCGAUAGAUAAAUGCGUGGACUGUGAGGCAGGUUAUUACUGCAAUGGAACAAAUUACGAUCCCGGUUUCAACGAUCUCACCAGGGACGAGCAGCUCAAUGAAUGCCCAUUAUAUCACUAUUGUGAGAAAAAAUCUGCUUACCCAACCACAUGCAAAGCUGGAACAUAUAAUCACGAUAAGACAGGACUUAAAGAAUCUGAGGAGUGCGAUGAUUGCCCACCAGGUGUUUUCUGCACUGCUGGCCGAAUUGCGGAUGAAUGUCUGGCAGGAUAUGUUUGCAAAGGAAAGGCAUCAAAUGCACAAUUCGAACCUUGUAAAAAUGGCUUUUAUUGUCCCGCGGGCUCCAAAGAACACCUCAAAUGCCCAACUGGCUUGAUGAUAGUCGGCGCCGGUAAAUCCAUCAAUGAGUGCGACUUGUGCCCAGGAGGUAGUUAUUGCGAUGAAGCAGAAACUCCAACGGUAGCAAAACCUUGUAACCCUGGACAUUACUGUCUUUAUGGAAGAGACGACUCGGAUGAACAAGAAGAAUGUCCACUCGGAACUUAUAAUCCUUUCCCCGGAGGUGUUGAUUUGAGCUCUUGUUUGAGUUGUCCUCCUGGUAGUUACUGUAAUGAGACCGGAAUUGGAAACAUCAAUCAGCAGAAAUUCGCUUGUCCCGAAGGCUUUUUUUGCCCUGGCGGCCAAGGUGGUCAGCCAUAUCCAAACGAUACAGACACUUUGAAUGAGCCGAUUCCGUGUCCUCUAGGAACAUAUGGACCACUUCUCAGUUUAAGAGGCCUCGAAGCGCAGGAUGACUGUGAACCUUGCCCGAAAGGAUUUUAUUGUCCCGAACCAGGAAUGAGUGACCCAUCAGAAGAGGCUGAAGUGCAGGAAUUCAAGUGCCAGCCUGGAACAUACUGUCCAGAAGGCUCGAGUCAAAACUACACAUGCCCAGCAGGAUUUUUCUGCGAGAAUGCAAGUGAAAAGGUCGCAUGUCCAGCUGGGACUUAUUGUCCACCAGAAAGACCUGAAACAGAAGGAAACGAUACAACUCGACCUGAAUUUGGGAAUGAAGAGCCCUAUGAUUGCCCGAUUGGAAGCUACUGUCCAAUUAGCGUAUAUCCUGAUCCUGAUAAUCCAGACAAGAACAUAACUAUCGGAUGCAUGCGACCCAUUCGCUGUCAAAAUGGAUAUGCCGGUGCGAUUGAGCCUGAUAAAAAAACUGAAGAAGGCAGCUGCACCAUUUGUCCUCCUGGAACUAACAGCGUACCGGAUCGAUCUGGAUGUGAGGUUUGCAGAGCUGGAACAAUUUGUCAAGAAGGCGCCACAACUGACUCUCCUCUACCUAAAAACAUCACUCUUGAGGAAAGCAAGGCAUAUCUCUGCCCUCCUGGGUACUAUUGUCCAGAAGGCGCUAUUAUCCCGAUCGGUUGCCCUCCAGGAACAUAUGGAAAGGUUGAAGGGUUGACAGACGCUAUUUCGUGCAGCGACUGUCCAGAAAAUUAUUUCACGCAUCUUUCUGGCCAACAAGCUUGUCUUUCAUGUGGUGGUCAGGCUAGACAACCUACUCCGGGGUCGUCUUCAUGUCUGUGCCAAGGUUCUGGACGCGAGUUCCAACCUUCAGAUCGACAGUGUGUCUGCAAAGUUGGCUACGCUGAGAGAAUAAUCAACCAACGUAAAGAAUGCAUCCGGCAAGUUUACGACAUUUGUAGACCAGGCACUUAUCGAGCACCAGAAGGCGACUGUAAGACAAAACUGGAAUUUGACGAGUACUGUACCAACAUGUGCUCUCCACGAGGUUAUAAUAAUGAUACCUUCGAUAAAGAGCUUGGAAUUUGCAAUUGUGCUGAUCAACGAGAUUUGGAAGAAAUUUGUAAUUAUCAAUGCAGAAGCAAGCUUAACCAGGUUGAAACUAGUCCGAUCGUCUUCAAGUGCUCUAACGGAACAUCAAAAAUCAUGGCUAGAGUCGAUGGCCAAGAUGAUCCUCUAGAAUUCGAUUUAUCAGACACAAGCUUGAAUAUAAUCAAUUCGGACAGCACUUUAGAUCGAACAGUAUGUGAAGUUGACGACGUCGAGCAAGUAAUUUUCUUUAUGUCACUCACACCUCCGAUUGGCGGAAAAAGACUCGUUACAGGAUCAUAUGAAGAAGACGCAGGCAUCUUAGUUGAUAUUCUCGAUCCAAAUAGAACGAAAAGAUCUCGCCGGCAAAGUCAAACUCCUGAUAACGGAAUCGAUAAUCCUAUUAUUUGUCUAGAACAGGGCCAGAUGAUCUUCUUCGAGGUAGAUACUGACAGUUACCCAGUUUACGACGAAACAUCUCUUCUCAACACCAACGAGGACUUCGAUUUCGGCGGUUUUAGACUUGCAAGCGAAAUGCUCUCUAUAAUGGACAGUGUUGCUCGCGUUUUUGCGUUUAGAUUCGAUAAUCCAGGAACUUAUGUGUUCUACAUCGCCCAACCUUGUAACGAUCCUGGUGGAGAAUGCGAAGUUGACAAGACGCAAGUGUUUUACAUUACAGUUAAUUCCGACAGAACAUCGUGCCCCCAGAUCGGUCCUUUCUUCCCUGCCACUUCGAGAUAUGGAACUCUCAUUGGCGCUAGAUUUGCUGAUGACAUUUACAUCGCGCCUGAUUGGCUUUACAUCUCUGUCCUCAUCAUUAUCGGAUCGGCUAUUCUUGGGUGCUUGGUCUGGCUACUGUAUCUCUUCAGAAAGUAUGGAUGGACAAAGUGGGUCAUGGAAACAACAUUCUACCGAUGGGUUAACUCUCUUUUGGAUAUCGAUCAAUUCGUCUCCAAAGGAUCUGCUCGAAAUGACAAAGAAUUCGUCGAUGACAUUAAAGAAGACGAAGAUGAGAUCGAGGCAUUCGAUUCAAAUCGUUUCUUCGAUUACGGAAGAGUUUUACACCUUGAAGAUUUCGACACUCAAAAGUUUACCGUCUGCUUUUGGAACAAAGCACUGGACUUAUUUCUGGUUUAA